GGCCGGAGCCUGCGACCGACGGGGCUGCGGGCUGGGAUGAGCGGCCCGGAGCCGGGGGAGGGGGGGUGGUUCCGGCUCCAUCGCCGGUUCCUCCCUCCCGGAGAACCGCGGGCCGCACCUGACCCCACGGGGAAAAAAGCGCAGGGAGUGUGGGUUUCCCUGCUCUCCGACCCAUGGCGUGGAUCAAACUUAAGGAAAUUGUGGCAAAUACCCCAUUUGGGGGUGGUUUACAACCUCAUCUGUAACAUUAUUUUCACGUUGCUGUGUGCAUUUCCAGUGUAUUGUAUAAUAAAGACAUGGUCGCUUUUAGGGGAGAUGUCUGAAAAACUGAGAAGAUGCAGAAAGGAGCUGACUGCAGCCAUUGACCGGGCCUUUGAAGGAAUCAGUCAUUCCCAGGAGUGCUCAGGCAUGCAGAGGCUGGAGCUGGACGCCGCGUCGCUUUCCUUCCCCUUCCCCACGCACAGGCUCCUCUGCAGGAGGCACCCGCUGGCAGCCUGCUCCUCUGCGGCUCCUUUCUCUCCUGUCCCGUGUGCUCCUGGGAAUGAGAGCCCUGCCUUUGCACCAAACCACGAACCCGUGAAUGCAAAGACACGCGCUCUAUGCCCCAAAAGAAAACCUCUGACCAGCAAGGAAAACAUAUCGAUGCAUUCCUCCAUUUUGGCACCUGAAAGGCAGUUUUGGAGAGCGGCAGGAGAUGGGGAGAACUGGAGAAAAGACAGUCUAAGGAAAGAUACGGAGAAAGAUUUGAAGGUUGAGUCAAACAUGCCACUCAGCAGUUCUAGCCAAGAGGUCACAAAGGAUUUGCUUGACAUGAUUGACCAUACAGGCAUCCGAACUAUUGAAGAAUUGGCUGGAAAACUAGAAUUUGAAAACGAGUUGAACCGUGUGUGUGGUUGCUGUGAAGAUUGGCCCUUCAAGGAGGAAGCCUGGGCCCUGCUGGUGGACGAGAGCCCUCAGGAGGCCUCGGAUGCAGACGCUGGCGGCCUCAAGCAGGCUUUCUAUGAUCACAAUAUCGUGGAGACUGUUCUGGACUUGGAAGAGGACUACAAUUUGAUGACCUCUUUUAAAUACCGAAUUGAGUAAGGACAGUUGACUUCAGCUUUGAUUCUUUACAGCAGGAGUCUGAUGUUAGGGCGUCUGUGCAGGGCAGUCACAGUUAUCAUCAGGGGCCACAUUCUUCAGAGGCUUGGCAGAAUCUGAAUUACCCCAACCUUUUUAACUUCCAGUUGUGUCCCUUUUUGAGCUGAGAGCCCAGUUUGUUUGUUUUUUUAAUUCUGUUGCUUUGAAGUUUUUCUUUUUUUUUUCACCUUUUUUUUUAACAUCUUGACUGUUUUUUUGAUUGAUGUUCAAUAUACCCAGUACCCAAGGCAGGUGCAGGUCUUGGGCCUCUGCUGUGUGUCUUCAUGUUCUUUUCCAUGGACCCCUGAAAAAGUACGGGGGCCAUAACCAGCAUGGGCUUUCUGUACCCCUGGGACCAGCCCAUCCCAGGCCAGCUCAGCCUGUAUGGAGGAACUGGCAUCAAGAUGGACCUUGGCCCCAGGCCCUCUGCCACAUUUGCGCACUUUGCACACAAGGCUGCCUGUCCCCUGCACGGGCCUCAUGCCCUCUUCAUGUCCAGACCCUCAAUCCCUCCAUCCUUGCCCCUGCCCAGCUCAAAGCCCUCUGCAAAGGCCUCCUACUUGUGUCAGAGGGGCUGGUAGCAUCCCUUAUUAGGUUUCCUGGGCUGGAGCCAACCCUCCACCACGGCUUGAGAGAAAGGACAUCAUCAGAAAUUAUUUGGACAGAUCUCUCAAAACCAUGAUGUUCUUUCAGGAAACCUAAUAAGCUGUUGGGCAAGGUAUCAUGCCUCCCAGAAGCUAAGUCUCAGGGAAGUGCCCGCCUCCUAGGCAUAGGGGAGUAUGGGGGUAAGGAGUCUGGUGCAAAGCUGUUGUAAGACCCAAAACUCAAACCAAGGAGCUGGGAGGAAGUCCAAGGGGCCGAGGACCCGCCCCCCACCAGUCCAUAUUUUAGGCUAGUGACCCAGCAUAGGGCAGGCUGCAGAGCUGGCAACACCCCUUUGCUACAGGUCUGGAGAUUCCUCUGGGCCCCCAGGUAGAGACCUUGCAUCUACUCCGUAGCUGUGUGAGACUGGGCACUUGCCUGACCCUGAGAACUAGCCUCCAGCCACUUCAUGGGACAGGCCUCCGCUGGGGGGUAGAGGGCCGGACGGGCUAACCAGAGGCUCCUUCCAAGCCACCGCACACUCACUCCCUGCAGAUAAUAAACAUCACAGAUUAUGGAAUUGGGGUUCACUUUCUAUUCCCUGAAUAGCAGAGACAGGAGCAAAUAAGAAGAAAUGCUCACAGCUUCUUGCCUGCCCCACUCCAGGGGGAAUGGGGCCAUCUGGAGGGAGAGUUGUCAGGCUACUUGAUAUUCAAAAAACCAGGUCUCCCAACAGUGAGUUCCAAAUAAUAUGCCUUGAUGUGGAUACUCUCCCACAGAGGAUAUGGGGCUUAAUCCUCAUCUCCCCCAACCCCUGCCUGUCACCACCCCUUGAGGGUGAGCUGAACUUAGUGACUCGCUUCCAAGGAAUAGAGCUGGGAAAGGGAAAGAUAGUAGAUUACAUGGAGAAGCCUGGCAGACACCACUUAACCAAGUGAUGGAGGUGAGCACCACCCGUGCUGUCUUGUGCACGUCACCCACCCCUGACAGGAUACGAUGAGAAGGGUGCUUAAUUUCCAUGGUAUUCCUACCAAAACCUCCCAGCCCCAGUCUAAUCGUGAGACAAACAUCAGUUGAACCCAGAUUGGGGGAUAUUCUACAGGAUACCUGGCCAGUACUCAAGACUGUCAAGGUCAUGAAAAACAAGGAAAGACUCAAAAUCUGUCACAGAGCAGCGGACACUGAGGAGACACAAUGACUAAAUGCAGUGCGGUGUCCUGGAUUGUGUCCUGGAACAGAGAGAGGACAUUAAUGGAAAAACGGAUCAAAUCUAAAUACAGGCUCAAGUUUAGUUAUUAAUAUGUUUAUGUUAGUUUCUUAGUUUUGACAAGUAUGCCACAGUUAUGCAAGAUGUUAACAUUAAGAGAAGCUGGGUGAAGGAUAUAUUUGAACUUAUUGUCUUUGCAACUUUCCUGUAAAUCUGAAUUUAUUGCAAAAUUUAAGAUGUAUUUAUUUUUUUUAAAAUGCAGUU